AUGCUUCUGAACAUUGGAUUUGUAGAAGCGAAGAAACGUUUCGACUUCGCCUGUGCGGUAUUCCAUGACACCGACUUAGCACCAUUGAAUGACAGAAUCCCAUACGGAUGUGAUGAACAGACAAUGAAGACAGUUGUACAUUUGAGUGUUGGUGUAAGUUCAUGGAAUUAUACACUUCCCUACAAAACACUGAUUGGAGGUGUCUUGAAAAUCUCAACUGAACAUUUCUUAGCAGCUAACGGUUAUUCAAAUAGUUAUUGGGGAUGGGGUGGAGAGGAUGAUGAUUUAGAGAAACGUUUAAAUGCUACAAAUAUACAAUACAUUCACAUAAAUGAAAGUAUUGCGCGGUAUCUGGCUUUACCGCAUCCUAAACAAACUCGUUCCAAAUCUAAACUGCGCUAUAGUCUGUUGGACAAAGCAUCUGAGCGUAUGCAUUUAGAUGGUUUAAACACUUUAAAGUAUAAAAUUAUCACAACUUCAGAACGAAGAUACUACACUUAUUUCUUAGUCUCACUUCAUCGACCGUUUUAA